AUUUCAAGUGAUAACCAAGAUGUCUGCAAUCGGGUCUUUAGUAUUUUGCACAGACUGUGGUAACUUGCUCGACAGUUCCACUGGCAAUAAGAAUACAAUUCUCGUCUGCGACUGCUGUGGUGCUGAAAAUAAAGAUACUGCAUCAAAGACCAUUACAACUUCUACAAAAGCGGCCUCCUUCCCAUCUUUAUUGAGGCAAAAGCGAUCAGAUGUGCAGACAGUGGAACGAAGUGAUAUGCAGAAUGAGGCUACAAUUGCAGAGACAUGUCCUGUGUGUGGAAGGCAGGAAGUUAGGUACUCUGCGGUGCAAUUGAGAAGUGCAGACGAAGGAAGUACUAUUUUCUACACGUGUGAUUGUGGCCAUAAGUGGAACACGAAUAAUUGAACGGAAACACUAUUGGCGGACGUUUUCACCAGAGAUGCUAUAUGUUUGAUGUAUAUGUUCGAGUUGAGUUGCUAUUCAAGGCACCAGCACUUGGUACCUGGCAUUUU